AUGAUCGCCCGUGCCAUGAUUGGCUCUUGCGGCAAACUAGCUUCAACGGAUGCUCCGGAUGUAGUCUUGCGUGUCCUCCUCCUCACACCACCGUCCACGCCAACCUCCACCAACUGCACCACAGAGGCUUACCACGAUGCCGCAGCACGCACACGCACCCGCACACGCAGCCUUCAUCGCGGCGGCACCGAGCAAGCAGCUUUCAACAUCUUCCUGACAGCCGUUCCUGACCAUGGCGAGCACGGCCACCACAGGAGCUCCCUCUCCCGUCAGAUCGACGAGCACACAGCCCGCACGGCCAUCCCGCCACAGGUACGGGGCACCCUUCGCACUCCAAGUGCAGAGGAAACUAAGCAUAAACCAGACGGCACCGCUCCCAUCGCUGUUUCAGUCCAAACAGAAUGCCCACAACCUGCCGGCGGGCUGUUCGUAUUGAAACGCCAGAUCCCCGUGCGCUCCGGCACGUGCCCAUGGACCAUCUCUGCUUGUCUCUACAUGAGACCAGCCGCCCCCUCCCAGGGUAGAAGAACUCGGGACGACGAACGCCGCGCAGCGCCACAUAUCAACGAUGAGAAUAACAAGAAGAUGCUCAAGAUGGUCAUCAUGAUGGCUCGGCGGGACGAUUCCUUCGUCACGGUGCGACUCAACGACAAGAUCAACGAGGACAGACAGAACAUGGUCAUCAUGAUGCCUCCGAGAUGCGAGCCCUUCCGCAGCGCUACUCGAGCCAAACCCCGGCUUCGCGAUACCUGGACUUGGCUGCCUGCGGAGAUGCUUCAUAUGAUGACGGAGGAAAUCUGGAGGCAACAAGAUGGCCAUGAUUGUCUUACGCCGCCAUUGGUCAAGAAUGGCAGGCCUUCCUGA